CGACGGUCGAAGCAUAUUGUCGUACAAAAUGAGAUUUCACGAACUUCCUCCUAUAUUUGUCGGUACUAUUAUUCGACAAUUAAAUUUACUCAAAUUUAUCGGAAUAGACGUUCUUGAUGAAAGUAAUUGUAACUUCAUAAAGCAAAACGUUCGAAUAAUGUUAGUCGGCAGUUUUCUUAUAACAAUGUUAAUUGGUCAAGUCCUUUAUAUUUUAAAGGCUGAAAAGAUUGGCGCCAGCUUCCUGGACGUAGUUAACGCUAUUCCAACGGUUUUGAUAGUCUUUCAAGUAUGCUUGAAAACGAUAGUUCUUACCGUCAAGAAAAAACAACUUCGAGAUAUAAUUUUGGAUAUAGGAAAAGAGUGGCCCGAUUUUGUUAACGAGGAGAAAAGUAUGGUCAUACGUACAUGGACCAAACGCUUGAAAAUCUUUGAUAAUGCAUUUUUCAGAGCCGCUGUUGUUUCAAUAUUAUGUUUUUCUAUUUCGCCGUUGCUAAUCACAAUUUAUAAAAUCUCAACUCAAACUGACAUGAGGUACGAAUUGAUCGUACAAGUUCAUUACUUUUGUGACAUCGACUCCACCCUCAAAUACGCAUUAUUUUAUUUCCAACAGUUUAUUCUAUGUAAGUCAAUAUUUGUCUAUUAUUCUCGAAUGUUAAUAUCGAAAUUAAAUUAAGGAAUAA